UUUAUUAAUAAUCAUAAUAAAAGUCAUUUCGGAUCUGCUUUGAGUACAUGUAAUUUGGGCUUUUACGUUUUUUUUUUAUUAUAAGCAGCAGGAAGGGGAUUCAAUGGGAUUCAAUACGCCAGUGAAAGGACUAAUAGUCCACUAUCAGGCAGGGCGCACACAUCACAUCUGACUGCUGGAGUACACAGCCCUUAUUUCCCUGAGGAAUCUUAAGAUUCUUCUUUCCUCCCCAGUCUGCAUUCCUUACAAUAUGUUGCACUGUCAGCAUCAGGCAAUGACAGGAUUAACCUUCUUGUGGUAUUCAUUCCUAGGAAACUACUACCAUCUACAUCUCGUGUCACUUUUUUUUGUAAGAAGAGGAAACUGGUACACACGUUGUUCUGAGGAACCCAGCCUUCUUCUGAGAAGGGAGGGGAUUAACUCUUUGCCUACAUUCUGUCAAGGAGGGAUCCCAGUGUUAUGUUCUCCUACGGACCAGGAAUGCCUGGUGAGGUUUUCAGCACUGCUGCUGUCAGAUGAAGGGUGGCUGCACACUAGGGGGGGUCACUGAGCACACAGGCACGCAUGGAUCAAUGGCACAUGUAUAUAAGGAGGAGUACACAACAUUCAGCAUUGCCCGGAGUUCAUUGAUUCUCCUGGUUGCCUUUCAUGAGUGACACCUUUUAAGAGAAAAUAAAAAAAAAAUAAAGCAAAAUGCCCUGCAGGUUGUCACCGUCUUCUCCAGGACUGCAGAAGACUUCUUCGUGUUGGAAGACUUGCAGCUGAACUUGUUUGCUGCCACCUUUUACAGUUGCCGGACUUCAUCACCCACCAAGUUCCCACCGGCAGCAUGUCCCCCAAUGACUCUCUAGAAGCCAGUCCAGAGACGUCCACCCAGUGGAACCCGUUUCAGAGUCCCCUGAAAUCCGUCGAGCCCUGGAACUUCCAACUCUUGACGGUCCUCAUGUGCCUGAUCACAACUUUGUCCAUCGCUGAGAACUUUAUCGUCAUCAUAGUCACCUUCAAGUUCAAGCAGCUGCGGCAGCCCCUCAACUAUAUCAUCGUCAACCUGUCGGUGGCAGACUUCUUGGUGUCCAUUGUUGGCGGCAGCAUCAGCAUCGCCACCAACAGCAGAGGAUACUUUUACCUGGGACCGUGGGCUUGCGUGUUGGAAGGAUUUGCUGUAACUUUUUUUGGAAUUGUAGCUUUGUGGUCCUUGUCGAUCUUGGCCUUUGAAAGAUAUGUGGUGAUUUGCCGACCACUUGGAAACCUCCGCCUCCGUGGAAAACAUUCCGCCAUUGGUAUUCUAUUUGUGUGGGUUUUCUCUUUUAUUUGGACAAUUCCCCCAACCAUGGGAUGGAGUAGCUACACAACAAGCAAAAUUGGAACCACAUGUGAACCCAACUGGUAUUCGGGAGAAACUGAAGACCAUACCUACAUUAUCACGUUCCUUAUGACAUGCUUUGUUCUACCUCUGAUGCUCAUAUUUGUGUCAUAUGGAAAGCUGAUGAGAAAGCUAAGGAAAGUGUCAGACACUCAGAGUAGAUUGGGAUCAUCUAGGAAACCAGAGAAGGAAGUCACUCGGAUGGUGGUAAUAAUGAUCCUGGCUUUCCUCAUUUGCUGGACACCAUACGCUGCCUUUUCUAUCCUGGUUACGGCACAUCCCACCAUAGAGUUGGAUCCACGUCUCUCAGCAAUCCCAGCAUUCUUUGCAAAAACUGCUUCCAUGUAUAAUCCCAUUAUUUAUGUAUAUAUGAACAAACAGUUCAGGAGGUGUUUGCUUCAGAUGUUCCACUGCACUGACCUCGAACCAAAGGAGUCGAACAUCGCAACUUCAGAGCGAGUGGUGCUUAACCGCACUAACCACGGUGGCGAGAUGCAGGCCAUAGCGGCACACAUAACGUCAAACAGCAGCAACAGAAAGACUGAAGAAGAACAGAGUAGCUGCAACUCAUUUGCACAGCUUACAAUAUCAGAAAACAAAAUCGGCCCUAUGUAGACUGAUAAUAUUCAACGUGUGCCAACUAUUGUAUGCAACUGAACUCUCUAUCUCACGUGUUCAUCACCAAGAAUGAUUGACAGAAGACUAUGAGAAAUUGCUACCUGUCAACGGACA